UGGUGACUGCAAGUUCACGUCGGGGUAACCAACGCUUCACACGAGUUGGGGAAGUCCUGCUUUCUAUGACAACUCUAAACCGGUCGGACUUUAUUCUGCCGGAUUUAGUCUAAAUUGGCGGUCAGACAGUAGGUCAAACGGGCGGUGAACACAACUGCGAGUCGAGACACAAUGGCUGCACUGCGUCGUCUGAGGCAGUGCCACUCCACGGGCACUGCUAUCUCUCAUUUUCACACGAGCAGCCGUGCCUCUGCCAAACAGCACUACAAAAUGCUUGUGCUUGGAGGAGGAAGUGGGGGCAUUUCGAUGAGUGCACGAAUGAAGAGGAUGAUGGGAGCUGAGAAUGUGGCCGUUGUGGAGCCCAGCGAGAUGCACUACUAUCAGCCAAUAUGGACUCUGGUUGGUGCUGGUGCAAAAACUGUAGCCUCAUCAGGUCGCCCCACUGCGAGUGUUAUGCCAUCUGGAGUGAAGUGGGUGAAAUCUAAAGUUCAGGAAAUAAACCCAGACACAAAUACUAUCCGCACAGAUGAUGGGACUGAAAUCUCCUAUGAGUAUUUGAUUGUGGCUCUCGGUUUACAACUACAUUAUGAGAAGAUCAAGGGACUGCCAGAGGGAUUUGAACAUCCAAAGAUUGGGUCAAACUACUCGGUCCAAACUGUGGAGAAAACAUGGAAAGCACUGCAAGACUUCAAAGAGGGGAACGCCGUGUUCACUUUCCCAAAUACUCCUGUGAAAUGUGCUGGAGCUCCUCAGAAGAUCAUGUACCUAUCAGAUGCCUUUCUCAGAAAGACAGGAAAAAGGUCAAAGGCCAAUGUAAUGUACAACACAUCGCUCCCGGUGCUCUUCGGGAUCAAGAAAUAUGCCGACUCAUUGUGGGACAUUGUGAAACAGCGUGACCUACAAGUGAACCUGAGGCAAAACCUGAUUGAAGUGCGUGCGGACAAGCAGGAAGCCGUGUUUGAAAACCUUGACAAGCCAGGCGAAACCUCAGUGGUUGAGUAUGAAAUGCUUCAUGUCACACCACCAAUGGGGCCCCAUGCUGUGAUUAAAGGCAGCCCGCUGGCAGAUGAGGCUGGCUGGUUAGAUGUCAACAAAGACAACCUCCAACACAAGAGGUAUCCAAAUGUGUUUGGGAUUGGAGACUGUACCAACCUGCCUACAGCCAAAACAGCCGCUGCUGUCGCUGCACAGACUGCUAUCUUGAACAGAACCAUCAGCAAAGUACUGAAAAAUGAGAAGCCAGAUAAAAUAUAUGAUGGCUACACCUCGUGUCCGUUGGUUACAAGCUACAAGACGGUGAUUCUGGCAGAGUUUGACUAUAACGGACAACCCUUGGAGACAUUCCCCAUUAACCAAGCCAAAGAGAGGAGAAUCAUGUACCACAUGAAAGCCGAUUUGAUGCCUCACCUCUACUGGCAUGGACUUCUACGGGGUCUGUGGGGUGGACCAGGACCAUUCAGGAAACUCUUUCAUCUGGGGAUGAAAUGAAACCACACCAUCAGUUUGCAGGUUGAUAGGUACAUUCCCUAAAUUUUAAGGGUAAGAAGUAGCACAUAAGAAGUAGCACAUUUAAUCCAUCAUCGUCCAAAAGGGUAGACACACAUAGCAGCUAGUACGGUGUAUAUUUAUGGCCUGGACAUCAUGACUAAUCACAACAAAUCUGAUUGAAUUACCGUAAAUAAUUGAAAUAUCCACGUUUAAGUGGUGCAUUGACAUAACCAUAGAAUAAAAUGAUCCCAUGUGAUGAGAAAGAGAGUAGAAAACACUGAGAUUUAAAACUCUGCAGUUCUAUGUUGCUUUUUUGAUGCUUGUAGGUCAAUCUUUCAGUUUGUUUGGCAACACAGUGAAUGUAAAGUUUUGCUGCUUUAAUCAACCCUGUUAUCCUACUAGCUAUGCGACUUUUAUAGGAGCCUUGACCAAAAGGUUUGCUGAGGAUUCUUUAUUUGCAACCAUACAGUAGGUGCACCAGUGUCCUUUUAGAAACCAGUGAAUUUAAUCUUAGUCUCACAGCUGAACUGAGGUGAGCCAGGCUCUUCCAAAGUAAAUUCAGCUUCUUGCUGCAGGGUAUAUACUACAGUCUGUAUUGCACAUGAUUUGUUUUUUAAGAUAUUGGAGGGAUGCUCAAUUCUACAGCUGUAAUCAUUGUGUCAGUAGCCAGUAAUCACAGUAUGUAAAUGUGCUCUUUUUCAGAUUGCUACACUACAAAUUGUGUAUAUCAUUCAAAGUCCGUUAUUGUGUGUGUAGUUUCUGGCCGUUUCAGGAUUUUAGUCGUCUUCAGGUUUGCCUUCAGCUUAAAUGUUAAAGCAUCCAGACAAUGAAAAUGUAUUUUUUCGUAGUACUGCGUUGAUCAUUAGUGCUACCAAACAUUUUGUAUGAGCUGUUGUCUUUAGGAAUGUUUGACAAUUAACAUGCAAACUACCACAAGUGCUUUUGCUAAAAACAUUUGUACAUAGUGAUUAUUUUUCUAUGAGUGCUUAACUGAGUUAUAAACAUCUUUGUGGUUAUAGA